UAACGCAGAAAGGUUCAAGAAUAGAAAGAAAAUAACAGUUAUUGAAGGCAAACACAUGUUCCCUAAUGAGUGGAUUGCCGUAAGUCAGCCGAGAGGUAAUGAAGUGAUCAAAGUUUUUGAUGGUUAUCCUGGAAGAGAGAGUCAGGAUGGCAAAGACAAUAACAAAUGUGACAAGUUGGAGAAGGUUGAUUCUAAGGAUAGAGCUUGUCAGACGCGCUGUGAGAAUCCCUUAGAUAACAUCAUGAUAAUUUUGUCAACGUAUCACAAUAUGAUGCUGGAUGACAACUUUGCCCUCUCUGGCCCAGACCAAGUCCUAUCCUGCAUGCAAAUGAUGUUCCCGCUGGCUGAGACAGUUUAUGAAGUCACAACUGAAAAUAUGAAGAGGCAAACGGACAUGAGGUUAUUACAGAAACAACAUUCUAUAAAGCAGAAUCUGAACAAAUUCCUUGGACUCAUGCAGCAUGUUUUGAUUCCUAAGGCAGAGCGAGAUUGCCAGGCCAGUAGUAAAACAGAUUAGGAUCUCAAGGUGGAAAGUUGUAAUAGUUUCUUUUGGUGUAAAGAUGCCAUGAUUUAUUCUGAAUGAAAUGAUGUGGAAAGGUUUUUCUUUUCUUUUCUUUUCUCAUAGUUUAGUUUGCUUCCAUUUUACAAGUGGUUAUUUAUUUUUUCAUGAUGUCUGCAAUGUUGAGAUUAGAGUUUGAUCAUUUCAGUGUGCUGAUCUUGAUACUAUGACAUAUUCAAUUUCUUUGGCUGAAUUGGGGAAAAUCCUUCAUAUUUGCUUGGUUGAAGUGGUGAAAAAAAGACCAUUUUAUUUAGCCAAUUCUUUAAUAUGUUUGUUGAAAAGUUGCCUUGAUUUUCUUUUUGAGUGGAGUGAUAUGAAAAAAACAUUAUUUCUUAUAGAGCUUGGUUCUAGCUGUUAUGCAAAUAAUUGAUUUGUAUUGAUGUGUGUACUCUAGGAGUCAGGGUUUAAUGAAUUCUUAAUGAUGUGCUGAUUGUGAUUGUGUAACAUUUAUAUUCAGACUUUUUGAAUGAAGUGAAAAAAUAUGUAAGAAUGGUUUUCUUCUUUCAGUAAUGCAGCAAAAUCUUUCAUAUAUGGUACGGAAUUAAUUUUGUUGAUUACUAAAAAGUAAGUUGAUUAAUACAAUUAUCAUGAAUUUAGUUGAUUGCUAAAAAAUAAGUUGAUUAAUAUAAUUACCAUAUUUGUUAUAAAAAGUAAGGGAAUUGCCAUGUGUGAAACAAUAUGGGCAAAGGUUUCAUCUUCACUUAGAAAUUAUUGGAAGAUGAUAUUUCACAACCACUUAUUCAGUGCUGACAUCAAGCCAAAAUACUUUGAAGCCUUCCUGAAUUUCAUAUGUUGUAUGAUUAUGGUUGUAUUUUACUAUUCAUCUUGUUAUACUAUAAGCCAUUUCUUUCUGCAUAAUAUUUUUUGCUAUCCAUAUGAAAGAAUUUUACAUUGUAAUUUGGUGAUUAUGCAUAUGUAAUCCAUGGUAUUCUUUUCCUCUGUAUCAGCAGAUGUAAAAAUGGAUUAAACCAGAUUUCUUAGAAAAUUAUGGCAAGAUGUUACAACUUGAGAGUAUUUCUCAUAUCUACUUCACUAUGUACUUUUUUAUAUUUUAUUCAUAUUCAAAUAUGUUUGAGGUAAAUUAAUUUGAGUUGCUUUAUCUUCAGCAGUUUCACCUUACAUAUUUCUUAUAAAUUACAUUAAAAGUUAAUGUCAGUAUUGAUUAUAUUCUCUUAACCCCUUAUUGACAGGUAUGGCUAUAACUGUUGUAUAUCUGUUGUGUUAUAGAAAAUUCUGGCUGCAUCACAAUAUGGUUAACCAGACAGGUUUUCACGUCGAUGUGGCUAACCUUUCAGUGAUAAUUAGAGCUGGAUUAAGGGGACUGUCACGGAACAGUUUGGGUUUGAGGGAGGGGGGCAUAUAGAGUUAUUGGUGUUGGUGUAUUAUCACAUGUAUGAAGACAUGACCCUUUGAUUGUUAUAUACAUUUCAAACGAUUUCAUAGUGUAGCAGGGG